AUGGUUGUUUUGUACUCUCAGAUAAGAAAUUUAAAUAAUAAAGUAAUCACUGCUAACUAUUCUCAUCAAGGAUUAAACAUUCAAGAUGAUAGUAGUUUACUCAAUGAUCUAGCUAAGAAUGUCUCUAAUUGUAAUCGUAUUAUUAAUCAAGAUCAAAUAAUUUCUGGUCAACUGUCUGUUAAAGAGACUUUGAAAUUUUACGUCACUUUAAAAGGCUCUUACAUCCUUGUUGUGAUUGUUGAUCGUAAAUCAAAUGAUGACACUGUCAACAAGUAUUUUAAAAAUCUUCAUCAAAAGAUAAAAUCAUUAGAUGUGUUAAAUUAUAGCUUUGAUAAUGAAUUAAAAACAUUUACUAAUAAUUUUAAUAGUAAUGAAUCAAAUAUUAAGAGUAAUUUAGCAUUAGAAGGUGUACAUUCAACAGUUGUUGAUAGUUUAAAUGCUUUAAUUAACAGAGGAGAUAAGAUUAAUGAGAUAACAACACAGGCUCAAAAUCUUAACUUUCAUACAAUGGAAAUGUCUAAGAAAGUUCAAAAUAUUAGAAAAAAAGAACAGAUGGAGAAGUAUAAAAUGUAUGUUUUAUUACUGAUUGUUCUAUUUGUUCUUUAUUUGAUAUUUUUUAGAAAAUAA